GACCCCCCUCUCAUUCACUUAAAGAUGGCCGAGUGCCUGGCAGCACGCUUGACCGCCCAGGAGGAGCAGAUCCGGCUUCUCACCGGGGAAAUCUGCGCUCUCCGGGAAGGAUUGAGCCGAGGUCUGGUCGCUGUCGGUGAUGCAGCGGCCUCCCCGGUGCUGGAGAGCCUACGGGCCGAGAACGAGAAGCUCAGGUACCGGCUGCUGCACCUCCGCCGCGGUCUGCAGGCGGAGCUGGAGCUGGAGGAGGCGAAGGGAAUGAGGCAACAAGGAGCCAAGUGUGUCAAAGCUCCACAGAAAACAACAACAACAACAACCACCACCAACAGCAGCAGCAAAAACUGCAACAGCAAAGAGAAGCAGACAAACAAGCGGCCUGACAGUAACGAUAAGGCUGCAGCUCCAGAACUCAAAUCGGGUGAGAAGAACAAGGAGAAGAAGAAGCAGGAUAAGGCUCAAGGAAACUCUGGGGUGAAAGAGCUGAAACCUUGGCCUACAUACAUAUCAGAUCGCCUCAGCCUCUACGAGGAGCUGAAGAGGGAGAAUGAUGCCCUCCUGGCGAAGAAAGCUACAAACGGCAAGCCCAUCACUGUGGAGCUGCCAGACGGAAGAAAGGUGGCUGGCAAGGCUUGGGUCACCACACCAUACCAAUGUGCUUGUGAUAUCAGCCAGGGCCUGGCUGACAAUGCUGUGAUAUCUCGGGUGAAUGGUGAGCUCUGGGACCUGGACAGACCUCUCGAACAGGACUGCUCUCUUGAGAUCUUGCGCUUUGACAAUGAGGAUGCUCAGGCUGUUUAUUGGCACUCCAGCGCUCACAUCCUGGGGGAGGCAAUGGAGCGUUUCUUUGGAGGUUGUUUAUGUUAUGGACCGCCUAUAGAGAAUGGCUUCUACUAUGACAUGUUUCUCGAUGGAGAAAAAGGGGUGUCCAGCACCGAGUUCGGGGACCUGGAGACUUUGUGUAAGACUGUGAUGAAGGAAAAACAGCCCUUUGAGAGGCUAGAGAUCAGCAAGGAGACUCUUCUGAGAAUGUUUAAGUACAACAAAUUCAAGUGCCGCAUUCUGAACGAGAAAGUCACCACCCCCACUACUACAGUCUACAGAUGUGGGCCCUUGAUUGACCUGUGCAGAGGUCCCCACGUCAGACAUACAGGCAAGAUCAAGGCCAUGAGGAUCUAUAAGAACUCGUCCACCUACUGGGAGGGUCGCUCCGACAUGGAAACACUACAGAGGAUCUAUGGGAUUUCUUUCCCGGACUCAAAGAUGCUGAAGGAGUGGGAACAUUUUCAGGAGGAGGCCAAGAAUCGAGACCAUCGCAAGAUUGGCAAAGAUCAGGAGCUGUUCUUCUUCCAUGACCUCAGCCCAGGCAGUUGCUUCUUCUUGCCACGAGGAGCCUAUAUUUACAACACCCUCGCUGAAUUCAUCAGGGGCGAGUACUGGAGAAGAGGCUUUCAGGAAGUAGCAUCCCCCAACAUCUACAACAGUAAACUGUGGGAGACUUCUGGUCAUUGGCAACAUUACAGCGAGAACAUUUUCUCCUUCCCCGUGGAAGACGACGUCUUUGCUCUCAAGCCAAUGAACUGUCCUGGGCACUGCCUGAUGUUCAGCCACAGGCCUCGCUCGUGGAGGGAGCUGCCUCUGAGGCUCGCAGAUUUUGGGGUCCUCCACAGAAACGAGCUGUCGGGAACUCUGACUGGGCUGACCAGAGUCAGGCGCUUCCAGCAGGACGAUGCUCACAUUUUCUGCACGAUGGACCAGAUCGAGUCAGAGAUGAAGGGCUGUUUGGACUUCCUCCGCUGUGUUUACGACGUGUUUGGCUUCUCCUUCCAGCUUCACCUUUCCACACGUCCAGAAAAGUAUCUGGGUGAUAUUUCUGUCUGGAACCAGGCUGAGAAGCAACUGGAAAACAGCCUGAAUGAGUUUGGGGAGCCGUGGAAAUUAAACCCUGGAGACGGUGCUUUUUAUGGCCCCAAGAUUGACAUUAAGAUCAAAGAUGCAAUUGGACGUUACCACCAGUGUGCAACCAUUCAACUUGACUUCCAGCUGCCUAUCCGCUUCAACCUGACCUUCGUGGGGAAGGAUGGGGAUGACCGAGUGCGACCAGUCAUCAUCCAUCGUGCCAUCUUGGGCUCAGUGGAGAGGAUGAUUGCCAUUCUAACGGAGAACUACGCAGGGAAAUGGCCUCUAUGGCUGUCUCCACGUCAGGUGAUGUUGGUGCCUGUCAACCCAUCCUGUGAGGAUUACGCCAAGAGUGUAUGUAAGCAGUUUACAGAAGCUGGUUUCAUGGCAGAUGCUGACCUGGAUUCUAGCUGUCUUCUGAACAAGAAAAUCCGAAAUGCACAGUUGGCCCAAUAUAACUUCAUUCUUGUGGUCGGAGAGAAGGAGAAGAUGACUAACAAUGUCAACGUUCGCACGAGGGACAACAAGGUCCAUGGUGAAUUGUCGGUGGCUGAGGUGUUGGCUCGCCUGACCCUGCUCAAAGAGUCCCGCUGUCGAAGCGCAGAGGAGGAGUUUUAAUAAAUAUAAACACUAGAUCUCACUCUGUGAACAGCUACGUAGGCAGUAAAGAGAGGCAAUGUGGUACUAAUGAAGUUGGUCCUGAGAAAGUGUGGUACAGAAGGUUAUGAAGGUGAUCCUGAGAAUGCGUGUGGUACACAAUGUUAUGUGAACAUGGCCAUGAUCAUAGGUCUGUCUCAAUUGGGAAGCAUAGAAAUAAAAGAUUUUCUGAAA